AUGGAGGUUGCCUUAAGUGCUUUUCCUGUUCGAUUAAGUUUUUAUGUUAACUGUUCAGUCAAUUUGUUGUUUAGAACUUGGUGUUUUGAUGUUUCAUUGGAAAAGCCAUUGUUUGAUGAUUCUGACUCAGAAAUUGAAUAUCAAUAUCAUUCCACUGUUGAUAAUAUUACUGAAUCAAGUUUUACAAAAUGUGAUCUUAUUUUUAAAAAAGAAAAUGAGUUAGUGUGUUUAUCACUAAACAAAGAAACAGAGUUUAUUGCUGUACUUCCUAGUUUAAUUACAACUCCUAUAAUUAAAAGAUGUGCUUCUUGGGAAGAACUAAAAACUUUUUCAGAAGCUUCCAAUAGCGAUGUUCCUAAAGAAGACCUAAGACCUAGAAGAUCAAAUGAUUUUGUCAACCUUCUAAACACAUUACAACUGGAUGAUAUUGGAAAUUAUAUUAAAACUGACAAAAUCAUUUUAAUGAUUGGUUCUAGAUCUUAUAGCGCUCUUAAAAGAAAGAAAGAUAAAGUUUCAGAGACUAAAAAAUUGGUUCGUUCACGAAUGCGGUUAACUGCAAGAUUAUACUUAUCUUUUAAAAGUAUCUAUAACAAUCAGAAAGCUGUUAAACUAGAUAAUAUCUUAAAUAAUGCAGCUGACAAGUACUGUCGAGAAGUAAUCACCAUAGUUGGAGAAGCUAUUAAUUCUUUAUCAGAAAAAUCAAAUGAAGAUUUGGACCAUCUUUUAUUAAGUGCACAAAAAAGUGGCUUAAAAAUCAGUAUACUUAAUUUAUUAAAGUUAACAGCAAAAUUUUUGAUCGGUUACUUUUUGGUCAAAAAUGAUGAUUUAAAGUCUCAGAGAGUAGUUGACUUUUUAAAGGUUUUAAAUCUUUAUGAGGAUGAUUUAUUUGGUGAUGCUUAUUAUAAUCUAAAUUAUCGUAAGAAUAUUGAUUUGCAGAAACCAAUUAAUCUCCCAAAUGAAGAUGUUCAACUGCUCAUUGAGGAAUGUAACAAAAUUAUGAAUUCUAUUGAUGACUUUCAACAUCCAUGUGAAUCAUUUGUCACUAUCCGAUCUGCAACUGCCACAUGUUUGACUAUAUUUAAUGCCAGACGAGGUGGAGAACCAGUGCGGUUACACUUAUUUCUGUGGAAUGAGGCUUUAAACAAACAAAAUUUGCCUGAAGAAUUUGAUAUUGAGCAAAUGUUUAUCACUUAUCAAACAGGAAAAGUUCAGAUCACACAGUUCCUGUUCUUUUUCCACCAGAAUGCAUAAAAGCAAUGCGAUAUCUGACAAACAAAGAAGUUAGGAAAAAUGCUGGAAUUCCUGAUGAAAACCAAUAUAUUUUUGCCAGUACCCAAAAAAGCAUGAGCCAUGCUUGUGGUUGGCAUUGCAUAAACGAAAUAUUAAUUCGUUUAGAUAAAAAAGGUGCAAUUAAUGCCACCCAAAAUCGACAUCGUAUUGCUACAAUCUUGGCAAAGCUGGAGCUAUCAGAAAAGGAAAAAACUUUAAUUUAUAAUCACUUUGGACAUUCAGAAAGAAUCAAUCAAAAUGAUUACCAAGCUGCUCUUGGAUCCUUACAAAUAAAAACAACAGUCAAAAGACUAAGAGAUAUUUAAGAAGUGACCAAGGUUAAUCUAACUCCAUUUAAGUCAAUUAUUUCUAAUUCAGCUGAACAAGACUAUAGCACUAUAGGAGAACAUGUAAUACCAACUGAUGUUGAGUUGAUAACCAAAAAUGAUAGUAAACUGAAUGGUGGUUUAAAAAUAAGACCAGUCCUUGAUUUAAAAAAAAUUAUAGAAAGUGAAACUUGAAAAGUAUCCUAAAAGAUCUUUCCAUGAAGUUGAUUUUACAAAGAUAUCUGGAAAUAAUAGUAAAGUGGAUGGUGAAAUAAAGACAAAGCAAGUUCUAAAACUU